AUGAUCGUCAAAACAGCAGCAACCAUCGCGGCCCUUGCCGUCUUGGUCCCCCUCACCUCGGCGCAGCAGCUUACUAGCGACGGAUGCCUCUACAUCACUGGCUCAUCCACAUGCAAAGCCUUCCAAACCUCAUACGUCAACGCGACGGCGCUGGCAGACAUGUACAGCUUCUUUGACAAUGUCUACGAUGUGUCCGACUUUGACAAGUAUGUCACACGCUACUUUGCGACCGCAAGCCAGUGGCCCAAGGCCAAGUUUACCACUGGUCUGGGCUGCUCCAAUGCCUCGACCGCUGUCAUUCGGUACCAGCAGACGGUCAUGUGCUCUCUCUGGGUCAACGACGCGAGCAGCCGCAGCUGUAUGGCCACCUACCAGGGCCAGACCGCUGCCGAUGGCCAGGCUAUGGCCUGCUCGGAUACGUGCAACCAGUUCUCGGCGUCUGAGGUUGCCAUUGUGAACAACACUGAGCUGUGCCCUGCUGGCGACAGCACCAAGCGCGAGACCACCAUCGCCACCGACCUGUCCAACUGUCUCACCACUGGCGGCCAGCAGGCCUCCGCGUCCAACUGUAUCCUUGGAUCGGAUAACGAGGGCAACUGCGGCUACGGCAACUCGACGACCGAGCUGUGUUCGUUCUGCGGCGCUUCCAGCCCCGAAACUUGCUGCAACGAUGUCGACCUUGUGACCAUGUGUGGCUUUGCCCUCUCCGCCUCGGCGACUGCCACUGGCGCCACGACAACGGGCACUGGUUCGGCAGUUGGCGCAUCCAGCGGCUCGAAGAAGAGCGGUAUCUCUAGCGGUGCCAUUGCUGGUAUCGUCGUCGGUGUUGUUGGCGGUCUUGCCGUCCUUGGUGCCAUUGCCUUCUUCAUGUGGCGCCGCAACAAGCGCUCGACCAACAGCGCUGCGGACGGUGGCCAUUCCCCAUUCAUCGACAAGGACGAAGACCGCCUUGCUUCUCCCGACUCGACCCCGUCGGCCACCAACCAGGGUCUUGCAUCGGAGAGCCACAACGGACACGGUGCUCGCAAUGCCGCCAUCGGCGUCGCUGGUGCUGCAGCCGUUGGAGGUGCACUGGCUGCCCACCACAACCGUGCGCCUUCGCCUCCUCCCAAGCCCGUCUCGCCAGUGGCUGCCACGCACCCCAUUGCUACCGCCAACGCCCCGACCGCCUCUGCCUUCCCCCAGUCGGCUCCCAACGAGCCGCCCUCGUACAACUCGUUUGCUGAUGAGCCUGUGGCACAGGCUACGCGUACGCCCGCAGUCGCUGCUGUCCCAAGUGCGCCGACGCCGCGCAUCUCGUCCACCCCUGCCGCUGCCGCUGCCGCGGCAGAGCCGACCAACGCUGGCUUUGCGGGUCGUGGCGCCGGCCACGCCUCGGCUGUUGGCACUGGUCUCGCUGUUGGUGCCGGUGCGCUCGCUGCUGGUGCCGCCGUCCACCACCACAACGCUUCUUCCGCUCCUUCUGCUCCCCCUGCUCCCCAGGUCUCGUCUGCCCCCUCGGGUAUGACCACCUCUCCCAGCGGCGCCAUCUCGGUCAACAGCAUUCCCGACCAGCACAACCCGGGCCACUGGAUCAAGCAGGGCUCCGAGGUCAACGUGCUUCACCCGUACGCGGCCGCGCUCACCGACGAGCUCACUCUCACUCCGGGCAUGACCAUCCUCGUCGAGCAGCUCUUCGAUGACGGCUGGGCCACGGGCAAGGUCAUGGAUGGCGACAUGUCCCAGGCCGGCAAGACGGGCCAGUUCCCCGCAGUGUGUGUCUCCACCCUCAACGCAUAA